GGUUUCGUUAGUUGUAGAUGGUGUUUAUACAGAACACUCGAGUACAGCCGGCACAUUCACAAUGCUGUCGUCGAGCCGGGUGUACAUAGCUGGUAGUGAGAACACGCAUGCCUUACCUGGUUCCAGAAUACACAACAAUUUUAUAGGAUGUUUGAGAAAGGUCGAAUUCAGCACAGAGACAUUGAGGCUGAAUUUGAUCGAGCUGGCAAGAACUGGAAAUAAGCUGAUAUCCAUUGCUAGUCCUGUUGAGUUCAUAUGCCAAGAAGUGAACGCGGCUGAUCCUAUCACCUUCACUACGAUGGCGUCUCAUCUGGUGCUUCCAAAUUGGGACGCCAGUCGGGAGGGAAAAAUUUCACUGAAAAUAAGAACGAUAGAGCCAAAUGGCCUCAUCAUGUACAGCAUCGGCUCAAGAAGCUUCCAUGCGGACAUGUUUGCAUUGGAGCUGAUGAGUGGGCAUUUGUAUUUGCACCUGGACCUCGGGUCGGGCGCAGUGAAGGUGAAGGCCACGAUGCGCCGCAUUGAUGAUGGUAUGUGGCACGAGAUACUGCUGACCAGGAACGGCAAGGACGGUCGCCUCAUGGUCGAUGGCAAUACCGCUGACUUCAGCACUCCAGGUGACUCAAUCCAACUGGACCUGGAGGGUGGGCUGUACGUGGGAGGACUGGGGCCUCUUCACCAGCAAGUGCCUCCUGCUCUGUGGUCGGCUGUGUUGCAGCAAGGCUACGUCGGUUGUAUGAGGGACUUCGCCAUCAAUGACAAUGCUCUUGACAUUGCUGAUUAUGCAAGGCAACAGGAUUCUGGUUCGAUUCAGCCGGCGUGUCACAGAUUGGGCCCACAGUGUGAUUCGCAACCUUGUAUGAAUUCGGGAUCUUGUUCUGAAGGCUGGAAUAGGUUCAUCUGUGAUUGUUCAAGUUCUAGUUUCACAGGACCAACCUGCGGAAAAGAGGCGACAACGCUGAGUUACAACGGCUCUCAGUACAUGGCAAUUCACUUGAUAGAUCUGAUCAAAACUCAAACCGAAGACAUUACUUUUCGCUUCAGAACAAAACGACCGAUCGGAUUGUUACUGAGCACCAGAAGUGAACAAUCUCCAGAUCGACUGCAGAUGAUGCUCGACUCGGGUCGAGUCAAAAUGAUCAUUCGAAUAGGAGACAAAGAGAAGACUAUGACAGCUGGUCAAGGCCUAAAUGACAACCAAUGGCAUACUGUUAUCUUUUCACGAAGAGCCAGUAAUCUAAAUCUGCAAGUUGAUGAUGAAGUUCCAACUAGAGUGGAAACAGUUCUAGGGAAACAGAGUACUCUGGAGCUGCAGUUGCUGCACGUGGGAGGCUUUCCUCACAACGAGGAGGCGCUCUCGUUCGGCAACAACCUCGGCCUCAUCCAACCGGCCAGCUUCGUCGGCUCCAUGCAGCAGUUCACAUUCAAUGGCCAUAAUUACAUAGAAAUGGCUAGAGCUGCUGUCGGCACCCCUAGUCAAAAAGGUUCCUAUUUCAGGCCACAGAUCUACGUGACAGCCACAUUCGGCAAAAGGGACAAUCAGCUGGUGCACAACCCUGUCACGUUCAAAUCCAAGCACACAUUCGUUGGGCUGCCCGUCCUCAAAGCAUACUCCUCAACCAACAUCUACUUCCAGUUCAAAACUAGGGAGUCGAGUGGACUGAUUCUAUACAACGCUGGCAGAGAACAGGAUUUCGUGGCGAUUGAGCUGGUCAAUGGCCAUUUGCAGUACAUUUUCAACCUGGGUGAUGGCCCUGUCAGGGUGCGUGACAAUGCUCGCAGCAGCCUCAAUGACAACAGGUGGCACGCCGUCACCAUUGGUAGACCCAGUCCCAAGCAACACACGCUUAUGGUUGAUGACAAUUUCGCCAUCAUCACUAGUCUUGGACACAAUGAGAAAUUGGAUUUGGCUGGCAUUUUAUAUCUGGGUGGUGUGCCAAAAGACCUACCUCUUCCAAAGCAAAUUCAGUCAAAGCACGGGUUCGAAGGCUGUUUGGCAAGCCUCGAUCUCAAUGGAGAAUCUCCAAACGUUGUCGUCGACGCUCUGAUUCCUAGUUCUCUUGUUUCAUCUGGAUGUGACGGACAUAAUACAAAAUGCAGUCAUAAUAUAUGCGAAAAUCGAGGAGUAUGUGUGCAGCAGUGGAACUCCUACACAUGCGAUUGUGACAUGACCUCUUACACUGGAACAACUUGUUCUGAGGAAUCAAAGUCAUGUGAGUUUGGACCCAACAGAGGCAUAAUAACGUAUGUAUUUCCCGAGGAUAGGCGUCCAGAGAUGAAAAGUGAUGUGUUGGCACUUGGCUUCAUCACAACUAAAGAAGAUGCUGUCCUUCUGAGAGUCGACAGUGGGACAUCCAAUGACUACAUGGAGUUGGAAAUUGUUGAAGGAAAUAUUUUCAUGGUGUACAAUAUGGGCACGAACGAUCAUCCAAUUGGAGAAAUCAGUGUCAAAGUUAGUGAUAACCAAUAUCACGUUGUUCGAUUCACACGAUCAGGAGCAAACUCGACUAUUCAAGUUGAUGAUUACAAUGUCCAAACAAAUCAUCCAGCAGGACACCAACUGACAGUAUUCAACAGCCAAGCGCAAAUCCAGAUCGGUGGCAAGUGGAACAGAGCCAAGCAGAAGGUGGAGCGAGCGUUCAGUGGAGUGAUGUCGGGUUUGGUGCUCAAUGGCCUCAGGCUGCUCGACCUGGCAGCCGAACGCGACCCUCGCACCGAGGUCAGGGGGGAUGUUACCUUCCUCACAAGCAUGCGCGAUCGACUACACGAUCCGCUCCAACGCAUGCAACAGACGCCGUCCUCUGGAUUUCCUGGUGUGAUGGACGACUUGGUGUUCUCCGGGGCGGGAUCAGGAUGCAAUGCUGAUGAUGAGGAUCAGUGCACACCACUCUUCGAAUCAUCAGUUGCUCCAGGAGACGACCUAAUAACUCCGGUGUAUGUGCCACCCACCCGCCCCCCUGUCAUCGUGACGACGAUCGGCGGCUCGAAGCCAUGUGACGACGAGGAGGACUGCUACACAGGCUCUGGCUCGGGUGAGGUCACCAGCACCCCUGACGAGCACGCCACCACAACCAUCCAUAAAGAAGUAUCGACGAUCGCCGGAGCCGGGCACACAAGCCACGUGUCGAGUCCUGAGGGAGAGGGGGGCGGGGGAGGGGGCAGCAGCACAACUGUAGACACGGCGGCCACCUCCGAUCUGCCGCCUUCAAGCAGCCAUAGCAGCUCUUCAAGCUCCAGCAGCAGCAGCAGCAGUAGUUCAAGCAUCUCAUCAGUGCCCAGUUCACCCAUAUUCAGUGUCGAGUCUUCCCCGCCCACCAAUCCAGAUGUAAUUGUUACAACACCCUCAACUACCACCACCACAAUCUACCACAAACCACCGCCCCUCCCACCAAUCUUCCCCUCGCCCUACAUCCCUCGCGACCGCGACCGGAUAUCUUCCGAAUCGGCCGAAAACACGGCCUUCAUAAUCGGCCUUAUCGCCGGCACCAUGAUACUCAUCAUCCUUAUAAUUCUGCUCGUGUUGAAAUUCAAGAACCGGUCGCACACCGCUUACAAAGUGGACGAGCGGAAGACUUUCAGCGCCGAGUCGCAGCGACAGAGCGCCGCCCUGCUGGCCCCUAACCAGUCACCCCCCACACCCCAGGCCGCCGUCAAUGGCAACGUGCGCAACGGCAACGGCAAGGCCAACAAACGACAACUCAAAGACAUUAAAGAGUGGUAUGUAUAAUAUUGUUGCCGCCUUGUCAUCAACCAACAUUCAUUUUUAAUCCAUGAACCACGUCAUCCAUGUGUUGUCAUCAAUGAUGGUGUUGGAAAACUAUUCGGUAUAAUACCAUCCAUGCAUGGUAGCGUUGAAAAGCUAUUCACUCUCAUACCAUCUUCAUGAAUGUAUUAAGAUGAUGCUAUUAGGUUUUACAUCAUCCAUGAAUGAUGGUAUUGAAAAACUAUUUACACCAUUCUUCAAUGGUAGAAUUGAAGCUAUUCAGUUUAAUACCAUCCAUGAAUGGUGGUAUUGAAAAUCUAUUCAGUUCAAGGCUGCGCUCACAGUGGAUGUGUUAACGUAUGACAGAUUCCGACUCAUUGGAAUAGAUGUGAGUGCUCACACUGCAUACGACUUGAAUGCGACUACAGUUACGACACCUUACAUCUUGUCGUGCGACAGAAUUUUGUAGGCUAUCUAUUUUGAGCGCAUCAUUUAGGAGAAUCGUGUUAUUGAUAAGUUAUUCAGUUUGAUAGCCUACCAUCCAUGAAUGGUGGGUUUGAAAAGCUUUUCAUUUAAUACCACCCUUGAAUGGUGUUAUUGAAAAGCUAUUCACUUUAAUACCAUCCAUGAAUGGUGGCAUUUAUUUAAUACGUCACAAAAUCUGAGCACAACUGUUAAAAUUAAAAUAUAUGAUAUUAUUGUUAAAGAAGAAGUUACAUCCGAUUUUAUAAGUCUUAUUCGAUGUUUUAUAUGUUAGCGUACGAGCUAUGAGUUGCUGUUUUGAAUGAAUAAAAUAAUUUGUUCUUUGGAUUUAUUGAAAGACUGAACUAAUUUUAUCUGUUGUUCAAAUCUAUUUGCAAUUAAAAUUGAAUAAAUUAUCAAGGUGUCUGCAAUGUAAAUCUCCAAUGCGAAAUGAUACUAGAAUUAAACAGGAUUUGAAAAUCUAUGAAAAUAUGUGUAUGUGAUGUGGAAAGUUUCGAAGCCAAUUGUGAUUUUUUAUUUGAAUUGCAUGUUCAAUUGUAAUUGCAAUGAUAAAUUUCGUCCAAUCCAUGUCCAAAUCGAUCUUUUCAUGUUACAUAAUAGUGAAGAUCGAUUUACUUUCAGUUUGCCAACUUUCCAGUUUGGUUAAUGUAUACUUCACCCAGAAACGAGACCAUUCCUUAGUCAAUAAUAGAAGAAGCCGACGUGCACCAAAGUUAGUAGACAGAAGGUUGGUCACUCAUCUAUAGUAUUUUAGUUGAAAUGCAAUUGGAGUGGGGGAACUGCAGCCGUGACGUAGGCUGUAGUACAGAAUAGGCAGAAUAUCGCAUCCUUGAAAAUCAUACGGUGACCUAUAGUCAAAUUAUAUAACACAAACAUUUUCUGACAUGCAAGCUUUCUGUUUCUGCUUUACAAUAAUUAUCAAAACAUUUGAAUAAUACAAGCAUUUUGCAAUAUAAAAGCAAAAAACCCACCUCCUAACCUCCCCUUUCAAACCCUUAAGGUUUCUUUAUCUUCUAGGUCGUGUUUAUAUUUUGUGGUUUGGCUAUAAAUCAGCUUGUGAAUUUCGGAGAUGAGAUAUUUUGAUUCUCGUAGAACAUGUGCUCGAUACCAGCAUGUGUUCAGUGCAUUUAUAAGAAUGAAAUUCAUUGGAUUUAUCGAGAUCGGUUUAUUGUUUUAUUGCAAUGCAUUGGUUUAUCAGGAUUUUUUUUGGGUUAAUCUGAAAUUAUAAUAGUAUAACGUAGUCUACUAACGCUUUUCCAGCUUAUUAACUUUUUCGUGUCACGUGUUUAGAUUCUUGAAAAACUUUCAACUUCAUUUUAUUCAUACAAGUUGAAUGAACUUGAAAUAUUAAACAACAUCAUUAGAAUCGGUGAUUAAUUCGCUAUAAGUAUGGAGAAUUUUUAAGUUCUAGGUCAAUCUUGAGGGGAUUAAACGACAAAGUAUUUGAAUAUACAGUGAAUAAACUGUAUGCUUAGCGUGGUUACUCUAUCACUUUUUUACUACACGUGACGUCACGCUGGCAUUCCCCCCACCACUUCGAAUCUUACACCUGUGAGUGAUCAACCUUCUGUCUACUAACGUUGGACGUGCACAACCGUGUUCUUAACGAUAAAUAUAAUUUCUUACAGAACAUCACAAAUGAAAAAAUAGCCAAUUGUAAACAACUGUAUAAAUAAUGAAACAAUAAUUAUUAUAGUUGAUGAGAUAAUGGCUUAUAGUAUGACAUUGCAGAACACCUGAAAAUAAUCUAGUCGAGUAAGGGGAGUUUGUUUACAUUUUUCUACAGUAUAAUCUUUUACUACAGACGCAUAUCAAGAAUUUUCGAUCAUUUUUCUUCAAUUUAAAGAGCGGAUAAUAUUCAAAAUAAACUAUCUCGAUAAGAAAUCGCGAAAAAAUAUUUUCUACAUCAGGCGAUUAUCUUCUAUUUCGGCUGCAAAUUUUGAAUUAACACAUAAAACUUGAACAAGCUGCAUUUAAUUGUGUAGUAAGUCAAAUAGUAGCCAAAAUGUACAAUUCAUCAUUUUUCUGUUUUUAUCUAUAAAAGCUGCAUCUAUUUCUAGAAUAGCUCUCAAAAAAUGGCGUGUAGUAGAUUUAAUUUGGCACGAACUAAACUAUUCAUCGAAUAAUAAAAUUGAUUUUUUGACAAUUUGAAAGAUAACCUAACUUACGAUAAACCAUAUACAAAACUCACAUCCUUGCUUUUAAAUUGUUGAGUAAAAUGUGGCUAUUCACUAGUUUUCAUUGAUCUAUCUCAAAUUGAAAGAGUAUGUUAUGCAAUAUAUGAUUUGUAGGUGUUGCGACUCACGAUGGCAAUAUUAUGUUUAGAUGAUAAGAUGUAUAUUAUUUACAGAAAACAAUUUUGAACUUGAAAAUAAUUUAGUGAUAAAACGUAAAAUAAAAUAAAGUAUAAAGACGAAUUUUAAUAUUUUGUAAUGUUAUGUUUCAAUUUGUAUGUAAAUAUGUGUAAGAUAAUAUUUAAAAUGAUUGUGUAACUAAUAAUAAAACUGGAUUUAUAAAAUAGUGA